UUAGCUCUGGGCUCCUACGCAAUCUCUCCGUCAUCGGGGCGGAUCCAAAACAGUGGGAAGUAGUGCCGCGUUCAAAAGAACUGGGAACUCGGGAAAAAAUACGAUGUUAAAUCAUGACGUCAUUGAUCUUCAGGUCGGAAAAGUCGGAGUUGUAUAGGCCCGAGUUCCAUAGUUGGAAUUUGGUUUGAUGACCGUUCAAAUCGUUUUUUUUCCAGUCGAGAUCGUUUUUUUUUUUUAGAGUUCCCAGUUGUUUGAAACCCACAUGAAGUCGGAAGCUGAAGAUUUCCGAGUUCCGAGCUCACAGUUAUUUUGAACGCGGCAUAGACUAUUGUUUAUUAUCACCUUCCGGAUUCUUAGAAACUUCCCCUGUUACAGAUGCGCCAUCGACGUAUCCGUUCAAUGGAGGAACCAUUAUUUUCUGCUUACGGGGAUUUCGUCGACUGGUCUGUCCAAACUGCUUGGGAACAGAAUGACGCCGAGGUGGACAGUGCGUUUGGAGACUGGAGUUCUGCCUGUAAUGGCAACAAGUCGGAUGCAGUUGAAAGAUCUUCAUCUCUGUCUUCACCCAUGGACAUGGACAUCUCUAAACUCUCAACAAAGCUGGAGGAUGGCAAUGUGAAGAAAUCAUGUGUAGUUUUCCAGGAGUGCUUCCAGGUCUUGGGUGAAUCUAAAGAGACCAACUGUACUGUACGAUCUCUGUCCCAGCUGCUAGAAAACACACAGCCUUUUCAACCAACAGCUACAAUAUGUGACUGUUGCAGCUUGUGGAGCCAUCUGGUGGCUGAGCCCAGCAGGCUGAGGCUGUCAGAGCCAAAGCCCAGCUUACACUGCCACAGCCACAGCAGAAUGGUUUCUGCCCUCAGAAUCACACCCUCAAAUUGCAUCUCUGACCAGUGUGAGUCUGUCUUUUUGGAAGAUUGUGAAGAAACUACAGAGACCUCUUGCCCCCCUGCUGCUGCUCUCAUCAAAACCAAGCUGCUGGCCCCCUCCUCCUCCCAUGGUGACACCCCAGCUUUCCUCUACCAAAUCUCCCAGCAGUGGCUGACUCAAUGCAGCAUCCAGCUGCAGCCUCAGCACCACAAGAAGCCUCCUGCACUGAACUAUGGAGAAGGAUAAGAUGAAGAUGCUGCUUAGCAUAGCCCUACUGUACUGUUGUAGAUGGAUGAAACGGGUUGGGUUGUUACCCGGGUGAGAACAAAGUAUACACUUUCCGCAACAUUUUAUUUAUACAGAUUGUAAAGAAAGUACAUUCUAUGAUAUUGUGUAUUUAGUUUGCAGGCGUUUUCCUGGUUUUAUAUAUAAUAUUUUGAUACGGAGUGCAGUUACAGUGAUACUAUAAAAUGUUCUAUAAAUGUAUUGAGUUAUUUAUUCAGUGUAACACCUGUUUUAUACCACUAUUGUCAAGAGAAGAGGGAACAAUGCAAAUCUUUGGAAGUCACAGCACUCCACUAGAGGGCAUACUGGCUUCCUCAUAAGUCCCAACCCCCAUUUUGCAAACAUACAGUGCAUUCAGAAAGUAUUCAGACCCCUUGACUUUUUCCACAUCUUGUUACGUUACAGCCUUAUUCUAGAAUUGAUUACACAUUUUUUUUCUCAUCAAUCUACACACACUGCCCCAUAAUGACAAAGCGGAAACUGGUUUUUAGAAUUGUUGGGCAAAGGUAUUAAAAACAGAAAUACCUUAUUUACUUAAGUAUUCAAAUCAAAUCAAACUUUAUUUGUCACAUGUGCCGAAUACAACAUGUGUAAACCUUCAGACCAUGCACCUCAACAAUGAACACCUCAAGAAACAAGCUUUGUCCAUAUAUUUUGUUUUGUAGAAUACCCAACUCCAAGUCUCACUGUAGAAACCUGGCUUGCGAUCUAGGGGAGUGCAUGGUCCCAGAAAAAAAGUAAUUGGGUGUGUCUUCACACUGGAUACAUUUUUAUGGAAAUGUUGAUUGCUUGUGCUUUAACUAUUUAUGGCAUCACAUUAUUGGUGUCCUCCUCCACUUCUUAAUAUUUCCUUAGUUUGGUCCUCUGUUUUUCUUAACCUGCCUUAAUACUCAAAACCAUAGACAUGUGUCAUGUCAUUGGCCAUUUUGUCAGUAAGACUGCAGGGCAUCAUGGAGCUAAUCAGCACAAACCAGUAUAACAGAGAGGUUAUUACAUGUGUACAACUGCAUCUCAGACAGUUCUCUUACAUUUCAACCACCAAGAUUUGCUUUUCCAGACAGAGAAAACAAGAGGUUAGUGGAGGUGCACACUCCUCCCACAUGUCACUUGUUUGGCUGGCGGGUUGAGUCUGUGAAUAGAAUUGAAAUGCUGAGAGAAAAACCAUCACCUUUUUACAAGUAGGCCCCUCCUACAUGACAAGUGAUGUAGGCCCUACACUUCCCCCCUCUCUCUCUCUACUAUCUCCUCUCAGCUAGUGCACUAGCGGGAUGUCAGAGUGAAUUUAGAUUACAUCUCGUUGCAGUGCAGUUGCGGAAAAAAGGCAAAGGGACGGAAGGAUGGAGGAAGGAAGGAUGAUCUUGGGUUGUAUUGUGCCUUAUAUGUCACACACACAGAGGAAGGCAUUGGUGCAUUGGACCAUCUUUUUUUGGGGUGGGAUGGUCAAAAUAAAUUAAUAAUAAUACAAAUAAUUGACUUUUUAAGGGAGAUGGCCCUUGGGCCUGUUAAGAUGAUGAUUUUUGUGCAAUUUCUCAAUUGUCAUAUUAAUAUAUUUGAGCAUUUGCCUGAUCAGUGGACAACGUCCAGUCCCCCCUACCAAGAUAGGCCUGCCCGGUUUUCUGAUUGGCUGAUGUGGCGCAAAAUUCACGUUCAAAGUCAAACGCACAUCAGCAAAGAGACCUUGCUCUGACUCUCUUGUCAUUAGUCAGCCCAGAUCACGGCUCGUAAAAAAAACAGAAUGGUAGUACCGAAUAAAGUUAAGAGACCAAAAUAAGGCAUGAGGCUACAGCUGCUUAAUGUAUGAAAUUAACCAACUCAUUUUCUAAAAGAUCUGGUUCGGCUGAUCCAAGUGUUGUGACAGAUGCUGCUACAGAAGACAGUGCAGUCGAGGUAUGGAGAAAACCUACCUACUGUGUUACUCUUUCUCCGUUUUCAUCCAAAUGCCGACAGAUUUUAAUGCGAAUAUUCAAAAAUCAGCAUAAAAACUCCAAGGGGUUUCCAUCAAAUUGACUUGUUGCGGAUAAAAGGCUGUGCGUGAUGAUGUAGUGCACAAAAAAUAUACCUUUUCCAUUUCAUUUUCAAUUUAACUGAUGAUUUUCUCACAAAAAAAGUAAAUUAUGCAGCGAGUGUGCCCACUGGUAUUGGCACGUGCGCACUAACCAACAGUUUGCAGACACUAUGCAAGUAGGCCAAUAGCCUAUGGAUGAGAUUAUUAUGGACAAGAUUAUUUCUAUUUGUCAAAUGGCAUCGAUUAUCAUGUCACCAGAAUAAGACCCUUUAUGUUUAUUGGAAAGGAGCACAUCACCUUGCACUUUUCAUCACCCUGUGAAGUUCAUAAUUUAUACUGAACAAAAAUAUAAACCCAACAUGUAAAGUGUUGGUCCCAUGUUUCAUGAGCUGAAAUAAAAGAUACCCAAAAUGUUCCAUUCACACUAAAAGUUUCUCUUAUCUUUUGUGCACAAAUUUGUUUACAUCCGUUAGUGAGCAUUUCUCCUUCUCAUUCUCUCCAAGAUAAUCCAUCUACCUGACAGGUGUGGCAUAUCCAGAAGCUGAUUAAACAUAAAAGGCCACUAUUAUGUGCAGUUUUGCAACACAACACAAUGCCACAGAUGUCUCAAGUUUUGAGGGAGCGUGCAAUUGGCAUGCUGACUGCAGGAAUGUCCACCAGAACUGUUGCCAGAAGAAAAUGUCAUGUUAAUUUCUCUACCAUACGUCGUUUUAGAGAAUUUGGCAGUACGUCCAACCGACCUCACAACCGCAGAACACGUGUAUGGCGUCAUGUGGGUGAGCAGUUUGCUGAUGUCAACAUUGUGAACAGAGUGCCCCAUGGUGGCGGUGGGGUUAUGCUAUGGGCAGGCAUACAACAAACACAAUUGCACUUUAUCGAUAGCAAUUUGAAUGCACAGAGAUACCGGGAUGAAAAUCUGAGGCCCAUUUUUUUCAGUAAUCUGUGACCAACAUAUCUGUAUUCCCAGUCAUGUGAAAUCUAUAGAUUAGGGCCAUAUGCAUUUAUUUAAAUUGUCUAUGUUCCUUAUAUGAACUGUAACUCAGUAAAAUCAUUGAAAUUGUU